AUGCCGGGCAUCUCCUACGACGAAUCGGGGUCGCUCGCCUCGUACUUCGGCGUCACCUGCCUCGGUCUCAUUCUCAUUCCAGCCACCUUCUACACCCUCCGCACAGAACCUACAGAUUCUGGGACUGUCGACCAGCUCAACGGAGAAGCAGAUCAAGAAGCACUACAAGAAGCUCUCUCUGAAAUUAUCAAGCUUGGUGUCAAUGAGACGAUGGAGAUGGCCGAGGCCAAGUUCGUCGACAUUACCAAGGCGUACAAGUCCCUGACCGAUGAGGCCACGCGCGAGAACCUGCAGAAGUACGGCAACCCGGAUGGACCGCAGCAGCGCGAGGACAAGAUCGCCAUCCCCAAGUGGGUCGUCGAGGGUAACAGCCAGGCUCUCGUCCUGCUUGCGUACGGUCUCGUUCUCGGUUUCGGUAUUCCUUGGCUCGUCGGCCGCUGGUGGUUCCGUCAGCGUAGCCUGACUCGCGACGGUGUUCUCAACGGCACUGCCGAGCUCUUCUUCCACCAGCUUCGUGAGGACACCGACUUCCUGUCCCUCGUCACCAUUCUCUCGUCCGCGCUUGAAUACGUCCCCAUUCUUGGCAAGAAGUCCAAGGGCGGAAAGAAGGCUCGCAAGGAGCGCCAGGCGAAGAUUGAGGAGCUGGAGAAGGUCUUGGACGAGAAGCGCAAGGAGCUCGGUAUCGAGGAGGACCCCACGAUGUCCCGCGACUCUCGCGCGUCUGUCACCACUGCUGUUGGACGCCGUGCCCGCGCGCUUCUCUGGGCCCAGCUGUUCCGUCUGAAGCUCGACCCCGAGCUUGAGGAGGAGCAGCUCGAGGUUCUCCGUGCCACCCCGCCCCUUAUCCACGCUCUUUCGAACAUUGCUCUUGCCCACAACUGGCUCAACUGCUCUCUGAUGUGCCUUCGCCUGCAGUCUGCCCUUGCCCAGGGUAUCCCUAUCGGCGUGUCUGGUCUCGCUCAGUUCCCCGGUAUCUCUCUGGAGGAGGCCCAGGACAUGGCCAUCACUACCGGUGCCGAGGGUCAGCGCUGGCUGGAGAAGUGGCUCGCGGCGGACGUGAAGGGAUUGGACGAGGCGCGCAAGGUCGCGAAGACCUGGCCGCGACUGGAGAUCAAGGACGUCGAGUUCAAGGUCGAGGACGAGAAGAUUGUCCCUCCCGGAUCCAUCGUGUCGCUCAACUACAAGGCCCGCUUCGCGUACCCGGUCCCUGCCACCAAGGCCAACGGCAAGGCCAUUGCCGACGAGAAGCCUGUUGUCUCCAAGUCGUCCAAGUCGUCCAAGCCUAUCACCGCCGGUUACCUGCAUGCCCCCCGGUGGCCUGGUAACCGUGUUCCUCGCUAUCACGUUCUUCUCGGCGACUCGAAGCUGAACAAGGUUAUCGUCCAGCCGACGCGCAACAGCGAGAUUCCCCUUCCCAACCCCGACGGAACUCCUGGCGAGUUCAAGGAGUUCAAGCUCCAGUUCCAGGCCCCUCCCCAGGCCAACCUCUACUCCUUUGUCGCCCACUUUGUUAGCGACUCGCUUGUCGGAGCCGACGUGCAGAAGCCCGUGAUGCUUCGCGUUCAGGACCCUCCGGAGGUCUCUGACGACUCGGAUGACGACAUUUCCGAGCCCGAGGAGGACACGCUUGCCGGCCAGAUGGCGAUGAUGCGCGGCGAGAAGGUCAAGCCUUCGGCCGUUCACGGCUACGACGACGAGAGCGAGUACGAGACCGACACAGAUACAUCGAGUGAUGAGGAGGGCCCGACCAAGCCGAGAUCGCGUGGCGGCCGCCCCAUCAAUGUGGACACUAGUGACGAAGAGUAG